AUGGUGUCUAGGAAGCCUGCCCUCAACCAAUCUGGGUCCCCUGAGUUCGUGUUCCGCGUGUUCACCACUGUCCCUGAAUUCCAGGUGCUCCUCUUCCUCCUCUUCCUCCUCCUCUACUCUAUGAUCCUCGCUGGCAACGCCGCCAUCAUCUGGAUGGUGUGCACACAAAGCUCGCUUCGCACGCCCAUGUAUUUCUUCCUGUGUAAUCUGUCCUUCAUGGAGAUCUGCUACACCACGGACGUGGUACCCUUGAUGCUUUCCAACAUUUUGGGGGGCCAGAAGCCCAUUCCACUGGCCGGCUGUGGGACACAAAUGUUCUUCUUUUCUACCUUUGGCAGCAUUGAUUGCUUUCUGUUGACUGUCAUGGCCUAUGACCGAUACGUGGCCAUCUGCCAUCCACUGCACUACAACCUCAUCAUGACCCAGAAGCUGUGCGUCCAGAUGGUGCUGGGCUCGGUAGGCCUGGCACUCUUCCUCUCCCUGCAGCUGACCACCUUUACCUUCACAUUGUCCUUCUGCGGUCAUCGCCUGGAAAUCAACCACUUCCUCUGCGAUGUUGCUCCCAUAAUGCGCCUGGCCUGUGCGGACAUCAGUAUGCAUGAGGCAAUCCUCUAUUUUGCAGGCAUCUUGGUGCUGACUGUCCCCUUCCUGCUGAUCUGCAUUUCUUACAUGUUUAUUACAGCCAACAUUUUGCGCAUGCGCUCUGCUGAGGGCCGCCAGAGGGCCUUCUCCACCUGCUCCUCCCACCUCACCGUGGUCCUGCUGCAGUACGGCUGCUGCAGCCUUGUGUACCUGAGGCCUCGCUCCAGCACCUCGGAGGAUGAGGACCGCCAAAUCGCCCUGGUCUACACUUUUGGUACCCCUUUACUCAACCCUUUGAUUUACACACUUAGGAACAAGGAUGUUAAAGGAGCUCUGAGGAACGCCAUCUUCCAUAAAGCAGCCUCAGACACCAGCUGA